AUGAACUGGGAUGAUGACGAGCGCAUACACUUAAUCAAUCUUCUUAACGACUGUGUCAGGCUUACUGAAUUAGGCAACUUCAAUGAUGCAUAUAUUGCACUCUACCAUCUCUCUCAACUUGCUUCCUCUGAUGGUGAUUCCAUGCAACGCGUUGCCACUUAUUUCAUUGAGGCACUAGCCUAUUGCCAAGUCGUCAAAAAUUUGAGUGGUGUACCCAAAGUUCUCCAUUUGGUAAAAACACUAUCAACUCCCGAACAACAAUUAGUCAAGAAAUUAUUCUUUGAUUUCUACCCCUUCAUAAAGAUCGCACACACCAUCACAAAUCAGGCCAUUAUUGAAGCCAUGAAAGGGGAAACAUCGAUUAAUGUCCUUGAUCUCAGUCCAUCUUAUAAUGCUCUUCAGUGGACUAAUCUCAUGAAUUUGGAGAAUCUUGACCCUGAGAAAUUGCCUAUCAAGAAAGGUGAGCCUCUUGCUAUUAGUUCUGUGCUUCAGCUUCACUCUCUUCUUGCCACCGACGAUGAUAAUGAGAUGGUCAAAAUGAGGAGGGGUACUGGUCAAAGGAUGUUUCCUGAGAUGCUUGCCAAACCCAAAAAGAAGAAGGUGGUGAAUCCAAGUCCUGAUUCAGCACUCUCACCUUUCUCUCCAUGUCCAUCACAUAAGAUGGAGUCUUUUCUCUAUGGCCUGUGGAAGCUCCAACCAAAAGUGAUGGUGAUUACUGAGCAAGAGUCAAAUGUUAAUAAUGGGUCCAGUUUGACAAAGAGGGUGGGAAGUGCUUUGAAAUUUUAUAGCACACUGUUUGAUUGCUUGGAAGCUUCCACUUCCAGAACAUCAGAAAGGAGAAGCCUAAUGGAGAAGAUGUUACUUGGGGAAGAGAUAAGGAACAUUGUUGCAUGUGAAGGAGUUGAGAGAAAGGAAAGGCAUGAGAAACUAGUGACAUGGAUCCCUAAGGCUUGA